UCGCAUGCGACUCUUUUUGUACACACCUCCACCUAAGUAGGUACCUAGGUACCUCUAUGCAUCUAUUAGAGGUAUCACACCCUGUCUUCAGCAUAUUAGGUACCUAGGUACCUAACCCAAUCGCCAAGGCCUGGCUCGGCUGAACUCCGGCUGCGUCGUGAUCGCGAUGAUAAUAUCCGAUAUCCCCGAAUGCGGUGCUUUGGGUGAGAUCCCAUUCAUCCGUCAACCUCAGGAUACUAUUCUCGUCCAGGAGAGGGCAUUCCUCCGCCUCGAUACUCGACGCCAGGAGGCACCAUGACUUACAAGCGAAAGCGCACCGAAGGCGACACGACUUGCCGACUCGCGGCGUCGAAGAGAUCCCGCCAUACCCUUUCCCCGGACCUGCUGUCGCCUCUAUCCGACGAGCUGCUCCUCCGCGUCCUCUCGUUCCUCCCUCUUCCCGACCUACUUAACACUGCGCCCCUAUCGAAGCGCUUCUACGGUCUAAGCGGAGACUCGCAGAUAUGGAGACGCCUGUACUACUCGCGCUUUGUCCUGCCGCGUGCCUUGCGCAUCCCGGGGUUCCGUGACGGCUCUGCUAGGGACGGCAAGCUUUACUAUUCGUCGCAAAGGGCGCUGUGGGCAGAUGGGAGAAGAGGAGGCUGGGUCGACAUGCCUGCGGACGAUACGGAGAAGUCCUCGAGGAAUUGGAAAAUGCAGUAUAAACUCCGACACAAUUGGGCACGAGGGAAAUGUGCCGUCGAGGAGCUGCACGUCGGCCCGGAACCGCCCUUCGCCAAGACGAACUCGUCGCAUAAGAUGCUCGUGAAGGUUUCCGAGGGUAUCGCUACGACAGCAGACCGGGCAACGGGACUACGAGCUUGGGACCUGAAAACGAAGGAGCUUUUAGCCCAGAUCAACCUGGAAGAUGUCGGGUCGGGAGCUCUCCCCAGCUGUAUUGCUAUAGAUGAGCAGAAGCCCCGAGACAAGUCUUUGAAAAUCGCGCUAGGAUUCACAGACGGCAGCUUUGGCGUUUGGCAGUUGGAUACCCAGGAAAAGAAGCUACUGCCGAGUUACCUCCACGAGAAGUCCAGCAACGGAGAGCUAGUCGGGAUCGCCUUCUCCUAUCCGUACCUCUUGACAGCAACGAAGUCAGUCUUGGUGUCCUUAUAUACGUUCGAGGGGCCCUCUGUAGAGGCUCCCAUUGAACUACCAGGCUCGGAUCAGUCCGAGCAAGCACCAGGGACCGGAAGCGAUGAACACACCGAGAGCCGGCAGGGCCCAGGGCGGUUCAAUCCACGGGCACCAGAAAGCUCAAGACCGAAAAACUUGAUCAGGGCCCCAUACAUACUCACAUCGCUCAAAUCACAUACCUCUAGAGCUCCUCUCGCACUAUCCAUCCGAAACACAGCCGGGGGCGUCGUAGCCUCCAUCGCCUACACUUUCUCCAGCCUCCAAGGGUGGUCGCUCGGCAUCCAGGACCUCCACCUGCGCUCCUCCGCCUCCAAAUCCAAACCCACCCCAGAAAUCAUUACCACCCGCCUAGCGUAUACCCUCCCCGUCCGGACCGUCCCCAACCGUACACUAUCACUAUCCGCGUCCUUUUCUCAACCAUUAAACAACUCACCUUUAGAACGAGGUAGCAACGAGCUAGACGGGCCUAUAAACCUCUGUUACACGCACCCCUACCUUCUUGCCACCCUCCCCGACAACACAUUAAUCCUCCACCUCUGCAAAUCCACAUCGUCGUCGCUGUCGAUAUCGCCCGGGAUCCGGCUCUGGGGACACACGUCUGGCAUAAGCGACGCUGAGAUAACGGCCCGCGGGAAGGCGGUCAGCGUCAGCUGCCGCGGGGAGGAGAUCCGGGUGUGGGAACUGGAAGGGCGGGCCCACGGGAGCAGCGUCGAGGUCCGCCCCACCGCUCGGCCGGUAGCCGACGGCGGGGAAGGCCCGGACGACGUCGCGGUGGUUGCGCAGGCGGCAGCCACCCAGUGGGACGACCGGCGGAAUUGGGUCGGGUUCGACGACGAGAUGGUCAUCGUGCUCAAGGAGUCGAAGGGCAGGGAAAGCCUCAUGGUCUACGACUUCACGUAGCGCGCUUUGCGGGGAGCCGCUCUCGCGAAGCAAGUUUACCACCCGCGAUAGAAGACACCGCAGAUCUAGGCGAAGACAAAGGCCGGUGCUCACGAUAAGCGUCUGAAGCGCUGUGUAGGGCAUGCAUGUAUGGACGGGGUUUUAUCUCCCAGUGUAGUGCUAUAUAAGAUUAUAUCGGGGUCGUAUCGCGGGCUUCAGUCAACAUCAUGGGUAAUAGCUAGCCUAUGUUCCCUCUCACCGUCCCGGUUCCUUUACCACGGCGCUCGCAUUCGCAGCCGGCCCAGGCUUCGUCGAGACGGUCAUCUGCCAGUACGUACGAGAUUAGGUGAUAGCGAGCCAGAUAGACGACGUAAGACUCCAAGCUCUGCGUUAAAUCCCAAGGCUCAAAGGGGAACCACGUCUGUUAGCCUCGAUAACGACAGCUAUUUCAUAAAGAUGGCGGUUGAGACGCCUCCAAGCUCUGGUAUAGUUGCGCCGAUACCCCUUUAUCGUGUCCAGACAUUCCUUCAGGCGAAACAAGGCUAAA